CACACACUUGGAGAGCUACGUGGUGAAGAGAGGUGCUCCUAGAAUGUCAGCAGGGAAGGGAGUGGGCGGGCUGACGCUCAGUCAGUUCAGCCCUGUUCUGCAUACAACUUUUCUCCUCAGGAUUACAUACCAACUGUUUGUGUGUGAUUCAUAUCAUCAACUUUACAAAUCCCACAAAAGAAAUAGACAUAAGCAAAAAAUGGAAGAUUUCCAUUAUCAUGACGAUGAGAACUCCAGCUUAAAUGACAGUUACGAUUACGAUUACGAACACUCGGUUUGUGACAAGGAGGAAGUGCGCUCUUUUGCCAGUGUCUUCCUCCCGGUCAUCUAUGCCCUGGCUCUGGUGGUGGGCCUGGCUGGGAAUGCCCUGGUAGUGGUGGUCUACACAUCAAAGGUGCGACUACGAACCCUGACAGAUGUGUGCAUCCUUAACCUCGCUAUUUCGGACCUGCUGCUUCUCUUCACCCUGCCUUUCUGGGCGGCUAAUGCCAUCCAUGGCUGGACGUUGGGUUCGGCAGCCUGCAAGCUCACCUCCUUCCUCUAUAGUACCAACUUCAGCUGUGGCAUGCUUCUGCUGGUGUGUAUCAGUGUGGAUCGCUACUGUGCUGUGGCCCAAAAUCCAACAGGCAGGACUGGGACAGGUCCCCGGGUAAGGAGACAGAGGCUCCUGCUGUGUGUGGUGUUGUGGGCUGUAGCCAGCUUUCUUGGCCUUCCCGAACUUAUCUUCUCUACAGUGAAGCACUCCCAUCACAGGAUGACCUGUACAGAGGUCUACCCGCCCAGCAUGGCACGACCUGCAAAGGCUGCCCUGGAGUUGCUGGAGGUGACCCUUAGAUUCUUGCUUCCUUUUUUGGUCAUGGUGGUGUGCUACAGCUGGGUAGGGCGGGCGCUGAGCCGAGCAGCUGGGGUGCGGAGAGACCGGAAGUGGCGUGCUCUGCGGGUCCUGCUCGCUGUGGUGGCUGUAUUCCUGCUCACCCAGCUGCCCUACAAUGUGGUCAAGCUGUGCCGAGCACUGGAUGUCAUCUACAUCCUCGUGACCGACUGUGACGUCAGCAAGGGCCUGGAUCGUGCUCUCCAAGUGACAGAGAGCCUGGCGCUGACCCACGCCUGCAUUAACCCUGUCCUCUAUGCCUUCAUCGGAUCCUCCUUCAGGGGACACGUCCUCAAGGUUGCUAAGCACCUUGGACAGCGACUUGGAAGACACCCAAGACACAUCAACGAAGAGCCGGCAGUGGAGAUUGCACUCAGCAUGCCAACUCAAAUGCAAUCCCAGUCUGGUUCAGACCAAGACACCAGCACCUUUACUAUUUAAGACUCAAAACAUGUAUUUUCCUGUAAGCACCUAUACAAAAUUGUAUGUGUGUGUGUGUAAUAUAUAUAUAUAUAUAUAUAUUUUUUACUAUCAUAGAAGAUAGACAUGAAUGACUAUUAAUAUUAAUUCUUAGCAUUAUAAAUGUAUAUGUACAGUGAGUUUAUAUGCACUAACUAAGUAUUUUGUUUAAUAAAAGAAGAUUUUCAGUGACAUGCAUCUACCAACAUCUGUUGCAAUUAAAUGCAGUUGAAACUCAAAA